UGGGCGGAUAUAGACUUGUAAAACAUAAGCUACUUCCAGGAAGCACAAGAUGACUGCAGUUGCAAAUAAGUGGUCUUUAUUCAGACCUUGUAUCGAUCUUCAUGGAGGACAAGUUAAACAGAUCGUGGGCGGCACUUUAACAACCAACGACAACACUCUAGCCACUAACUUCGUCGCAAGUGAGGGACCUGCAUACUACGCGUCACUGUACAAAGCGGACGCUCUUACCGGUGCCCAUGUUAUUAUGCUGGGGCCUGGCAAUGAAGAUGCGGCACGCGAAGCUCUGAAGGCCUGGCCCAAUGGCCUACAGGUGGGUGGAGGGAUUAACGCACAAAACGCACAAAAAUGGCUGGACGCUGGCGCCGAGAAGCUGAUUAUCACGAGUUGGCUCUUCCCGGAUGGCGAGUUCAGCAUGAGCCGGCUGCAGGAGAUAUCAAAGCUAAUUGGCACGGACAGUUUAGUGUUGGAUUUGAGCUGCCGCAGGAGGGGUAACCAGUGGUUUGUGGCCACCAACAAAUGGCAAACAAUCACAUCGAUGGAACUGAAUGCCGAGACUUUGCGGACACUAUCGGAAUAUUGCUGCGAGUUUCUUAUCCACGCGGCCGACGUUGAAGGGCUAUGUAAAGGUAUUGAUGAGGAAUUAGUUGAGAGAUUAGGAGAGUGGACGGAUCUCCCCUGUACGUAUGCGGGAGGGGGUAGAACACUCGAUGACUUGCACCUGGUACACAAGCUGUCGCGUGGCAAAGUAGACCUGACGUUUGGGAGUGCGCUCGAUAUAUUUGGGGGUACAGGGGUUAAGUUUGCAGACUGUGUAGCCUACAAUAAGGAACACGGGAAAUAAAACACAGUGAAAUAAAAUGGAAUCAUU